UGUGGCAUGGACUUGAAAAAUAAUGGAGAUGGCAGAGACAAACGAUGAACAGAAGCUUGACGAUGUCAUUGAGCCCCUGAGUGAGCCACAUAGGAGCCUCCCACUUCUGGACUUUGUGUGAGAAGUUAUCAGUCUGCAUGAUUAUUUCAGCUGUAUUCAAGUUUCUGCCUCUUGCAGCUGACAAUGCCUUAACGGAUGGAAGUGCUAUGCUGAAGGGCAAAGCAGAAGAUGAGUAGGAAAGACUGCCUGGAGGAGAGACCCUGGAGUUGCCCUGGCAACGAAAGAAGUUACCCAGGCAAAGUCUGAUGGCACAGGAACUUCUGGGAUGGGAGGAAGUGGGAUGCAUUCUGGGAACGGAGGGCCUUGGUCCAGCGGGAGUUUAGAUUGUGGCCCCAGGGGCAGAGCGAGGGGAAACCAGAGGCACAAGGCCCAUGUUGAAAAGUCUGGACUUUUAUCUUGAAAUGUAUGGGGAGCCACUAAAGGCUUCUGAGCAGGGAAGUAACACAGUAGGAAUUAGAGCCAAGAAAGAGUCCCGUAUCGGAGCGUGAAGACAGAUUGGAGGCGAAAAGUCUAGGAAGACAGUGUAGCCAUGCUUGCGAGAGGCGAAGGGCUAUUUUAGAGGAACCUGGAAGCAAAGUGUGCAGGAUUGUGUGACUGUUCUCCGAACCAAGGGAGAAGGGAAUUCUGGGAGGGCUCUGGAUCUCGGACUUGGGAGACUGAGUGGGUGGUGAUGUCUUGGCUAAAACAGAAAGUACAGGAGGAAGAGCAGGUCUGAGGAAGAGCUCAUGAGCUUCAGAUUGCAUGUGGGUGAAUCCAAGUUGCCCCGGGACCGUCUGAGAAGAAAAGCUCAGUGAGCAGCUGGAGGUGUGUGUCUGGACUCAGCAGGGAAGUGGGGACUGGCAUUCGGGAUUUGAGAGUCAUCCUAAAGCAGGUGGAGUUGAAGUCCGGGUGCCACGGGUUUCUCUCUUCCAGAGACGGGAAGAGAUGAAGAGAGCUGAAUAACUGAUAUUUCUAAAAUCACCCCCGAGGUGGAAGAAAGGGGCCAGCCCUCUGAGUUUGGAAUGAGAAGACCUGGUUUCUAGCUUGGCCCCAUCACCAUCUGUAUGACCUUCGGCAAGUCAAUUAGCCACCUGAAAAAUGGGGACAGUAACAACCAGCUAGCCCCUUACAGAGCUGAUGUGAGGAUCAGAUGAGCCCUGGUACCUCGAAGGCCUUCAGAAAGUGUAUGCUGUUUUUAAAAAUACAAUUCUGCAAAAUGUGGUAUACUUAGGAGGGAGGACUCCAGCUCUGAAGGACAUGGAUCUGUCCAUCUAAGGCGAAUUAAAAUUGUGACCUAGGAUGGCCCACUCGACAGGAAGGAGUAUUCUGCCCUCCUUGUGAUAGAACACUGAGGAGUUUACAUGAAAGGACUUUGACUGCAGCUAUCAAGAGAAGCUUGGCUAAAAAUGUAAAAUUCUCCAGGCAGUUCAACCUCACAUAAUGUGGAGAUUUGGAACCCACAGCCUUUCUAUUUGUCAGGCAAAGCCCCUCCGGAGUCAAUGAGAAGGCAGAGUGCUUACUCCCCGCUCUGAAUUAACAAGGUUCUCCAAGUUGGAGGUGACCCAGGAAGUUGGCCCCGUAUUUCCCUAAUUUAUUGAGAUGAUGGAGAAUGGUCCUAGGGAAGAUGGAACUGGAAGCAACUAAGCAGCUUGGAAAUUGAUGCCUUGUCAAAAUGGAGAUUAAUCAUUUGUGUUUGGGAGCGGCAGAACUGGGGAUCAGUUACCUCUCAAGAGUUUUAUAAACCAAUUAUAUUAACUCCUAUUCCAUUGCUCUCAUCCCCAUUUCACCUUCAAACUUGUCUUACCUAUGGCAUUCAGGAGGCAAGUGAAAAACUUCAUGAAAAAUUACUCAGAUGCUGAAAUAAAAGUCAGAGAAGCAACUUCUAAUGACCCUUGGGGUCCUUCUAGUUCUCUGAUGUUAGAUAUCAGUGACCUGACCUUCAACACAAUUUCUCUGUCAGAGAUUAUGAAUAUGCUAUGGCAGAGACUCAAUGAUCACGGGAAGAACUGGCGCCAUGUGUAUAAAUCCCUUACGCUAAUGGAUUACCUCAUCAAGAAUGGAUCAAAGAAAGUUAUUCAGCAUUGCAGAGAGGGGUUCUGUAACCUUCAAACACUAAAAGAUUUUCAACACAUAGAUGAAGCUGGAAAAGACCAAGGUUAUUAUAUCCGGGAAAAGUCUAAGCAAGUCAUAACAUUGCUGAUGGAUGAACAGUUGCUGCGUAGAGAGAGGGAAGUAGCAUGUCGGACAAGACAGCGCACCUCCUACUCUGUGACAUUUCCUAAAAGAUUACCUGGUACAGCUAACUCACCAACAGCAUGUGCUUCUGCCCACACACCAGAAACUCCUGCUUCAGAGAAGAAACGUAAACUUCUUAAGGUUGCAAGGCUACAUAAUAAAAAAAACGCUUCCAAGGCAGGAUUGAAACAAGAGCAGUGCCAAGACACUCAGCUGCGUAGUGGGACUGUGUUGUCCCAGGAAACACUACCAGUCAAGAUUAAUACUUGGAAAUCCACAGAGGACCUGAUGUUAUUUUGUGAGGAUGAUCCAAAGCCACUUUUGCCGACAAUUCCUCCUUCCAUUAUCUCGUCAACUAAAUGGUUAUCAGAAGGGCUAGCAGACGUUUGUAACCUCUGGGAUGCAGAUGCUGUGCCUGCUCCCUCAGAAAAGAGCCCAUCUCUGCAGACAAAUGUGAGUUUGGACAAGACAUCAGACCACACCAUUACAAAUACUGUAACCGAACGCCCUUUGCAAAUGCCUCUAGAAAUGCAGUCAGCUGCAAGAAGUUUUGAAACGUUGACAGCUUUACCGCCAUUUUGGUCACCGGAUAAAGAAGAGUUUAUCAGCCCUAAUUUAAGGAUGUCAAAGUCUGAUUCUACUUUCUAUAAUCAGGUCUCUGUAGAGACACUCUAUGUCUCUCCCUCAUUUAAAACAUUUAACCCAGUGAAGGAGAUUGUAAGCAACAAGGACUUUCAGAAGCCAACACAAUCCAGCAUUGCUCAGAUGGAUGAGGAAAACCUCAAGCCUGUGACCACAUGGGUUUCAACCACCUCCGAAGGAACAUCCUCCUUUCCCACUUUAUCUGUGUCACCUCCUGAUUCAGCCUCUCCAGAGAAGUCUGUUCACCUCUCCUACCCGAUUUUGGCGGGACCUUCCUUUUGGACUCUGCCCCAUCAACAGUCUUCUGCCUCCUUUAAGGAUGAAGAUAAGACAGCCAGGGCUCAUCACCCCUUGGCUCUUAGGGGCCUAGUGUCUUCUGAUGAGGAGGAAAAUGACAACCUCAAUCUCCUGGAACGUCUUCCAGAGAACUCUGAGUCUGCCAGGAAGCAGACAAGUCCUGCUUCUGGCAGUAAUUGGGCAGCGUUUUCCACCGCAAAUGUAGACCACUGCACCUCUAUGUCCUGUCUGAGUUUUCAGACAACUGAAGGUCUGCCGAAAGAGCCUGAAGGAAACAAUUCCAUUAAGGUUCUCCUCGGGGAGGUGAAAAAUGCCAUAGUCAAACUACACGAAGACCUGAGCAUGGUGAUACGGGAACUUCAUGUCAUCAAUAGCCAUCUGGUGAGCAUGAGUGGGAAUAGUCCGCAACUAAGCAAAUCUUCACCACUUCCCCAGUCUUCUGAGGGGACCUCAGAUCACAUCUAAUAAGCUCCAUAGCCAUUUUUGGUAGAACUCCUGUGGUUCCACUUCCCAAAGACUAAGUUAACCUCCUAUAGAUUCUCAUUAUUAUGGGAAAAAUAGGGUGGUGGUUUGCUUUUUCCUUGUCAGGCUUAUUAACAAAUCUCUUUCAAACCAAUAAUCUCAUUUGGUUUAUUUUUUAAAGAGAAAAGGUAUCACCUUUGAUAAUAUUAUCAGACUUAGAUAUGAACUAAUGUUCCUUUGAAACUGAGGAAAAUUUCAUUCUUCCACGCUUUGGACUUUACCUCAAAAUAUGUUAAACAUUAGUGGAAGUUGUGAGAAGACAAACUGCAAAUGGCUAUUCUAGAGCAUUUGGAUAAGCAGGCAGUAGGAAGCCCUUCAUAGCCUGGCUAGAUGUUUCCUAUGGUCUCAUGCCAAGUUUCAGAUUCCCCAAACCAAGGGCCAGCAUCUUUCCCUUCUUGUGGCUGCCACCGUUGGUUAGGGGUUAAGUUGAGACAAG